GGCAAGGGUUAACACAGGCCGGACAGUGCAGCAGUAGCAACAGCAACAGCAGCAGCUCAACAGUAACAAUGUCCACCACAGACAUGAGCAUGGGCAAGAUCAUCUUCUACGAGGACAGGAACUUCCAGGGGCGCUCCUAUGAGUGCAUGAGUGACUGUGCCGACAUGUCCUCCUACCUGAGCAGGUGUCACUCCUGCAGGGUGGAGAGCGGCUGCUUCAUGGUCUACGACCGUCCCAACUACAUGGGAAACCAGUACUUCAUGAGGAGGGGCGAGUACGCUGACUACAUGAGCAUGAUGGGAAUGAGCGGUGGAAUCAGGUCUUGCCGUAUGAUCCCGAUGCACAGAGGCCAGUUCAGGAUGAGGAUCUACGAGAGGGAGAACUUCGGAGGUCAGAUGCACGAGCUGAUGAACGACUGUGACAACAUCCAAGACCGCUACCGUAUGAACGACUGCAUGUCCUGCCAUGUGAUGGACGGACACUGGCUGAUGUACGAGCAGCCUCACUACAGAGGCAGGAUGAGUUACUUCAGGCCUGGAGAGUACAGGAGCUUCAGAGACAUGGGAAUGAGUGGAAUGAGGUUCAUGAGCAUGAGGCGCAUCAUGGACAUGUGCUAACUGCUAAAUGUUCAUGUGAAGAAAAUGCAA